AUGAACUCCAACAAAGACAAUCUUAUGCAUGAUGGAACAGAAUCACAGUUUGGAGGAUCUUUCAUUUGCCAUACUGUUAACCGAAUCAACUCUAGAGGAUAUUGGUUUGGAGAAAAUCCCCUUGCUUUUUCCGUCCCUCUUUUCAUGAUCCAGGUUUUUAUCAUAUUCAUCUCCACAAGAUUCAGUUACCUUAUUCUCAAGCCCUUUGGUCAACCUUCUUUUGUUUCUCAGAUUCUUGGUGGUGUAACUCUAGGCCCUUCAAUUCUUGGUCACUACUCAGCAUUUACAAACAAUUUUUUUCCGGUAAAAGGAAGAAACGUGCUUGACACGUUAGCUUUUUUCGGUUUCAUGAUAUUCGUCUUCUUGCUUGGUGUAAAGAUAGAUCCAACCAUCAUUUUUCGAUCGGGUAAAAGGACAUUCGCUAUCGGAAUUUUAUGUUUCUUCGUUCCGUAUACUCUCAGCGGAUUAGUAGCUGUAUGCAUCAACCAUUUUGCAUCAUUGGAUCAUGAUAUUUCGAAAGGCCUUCCGACGGUGGUGGAAAUUCAAUGUAUCACAGCCUUUCCGGUGAUUUCGUGCUUUCUGACUGAACUUCAUAUCCUCAAUUCAGAAAUCGGACGGUUGGCUUCGUCGUCUUCGCUAGUAUGCGAUGUUUGUUUCAGUUUUGUUAUGACGUUGAAGUUCGCAGCAAAACUAACUUCCUCAAAGUCGUUAGGUGUUACGGCUGCAUCGCUCUUUUCGUCCGCUCUUCUAAUUUUUUUCAUAUUUUUUGUUGUUCAUCCAGCUGCAUUGUAUGCUAUUAAUCACACACCAGAAGGAAAACCUGUUCAAGAAAUUUAUAUAACUGGAACUCUGAUAACACUAAUAUUAUGCGGAUUCAUCGGUGAAGUUAUCGGCUUAGAUGCAAUUGUUGUAUCUUUUAUGGUAGGUUUGGCUAUACCUGAUGGUCCUCCAUUAGGUGCAGCAUUGGUGGAUAAGCUCGAGUGUUUUGUUUCGGUCGUUCUUUUACCGUUGCUUUUUGCUACUGUUGGAAUGAGGACAGAUGUUUUUGCUAUACAGAAGAUGAAGAAUUUGGGGAUAGUUGAGUUGAUUAUUUGCAUUGCAUUUUUCGGUAAACUCUUAGGGGCUUUAUUGCCUCUACUUUUCUAUAGAAUGCCAUUUAGAGAUGCAAUUUCUCUUAGUCUUAUAAUGAAUUGCAAAGGAACUGUUGAAUUGGCAUUGUUGAUGAACUUGAAAUUAAAAAAUGUUCUAGACGAUGAACUGUUUGCGAUUCUGGUUCUCACUUUAAUGCUUGUAACCGGCAUUGUAUCGCCUGUUGUGAAAGCUCUAUAUGAUCCUUCAAGAAGGUUUCUUGCUUACAAAAGGAGAACAAUAUUGCAUCACUCAAGCGAAGAAGAAUUUAGAAUACUAGCUUGCAUUCACAAAGAAGAUAAUGUGUUGGCUGUUUUGAACCUACUUGCUGCUUCGAAUCCAACCGACAAAAGCCGCAUUGAUUUAGUUGUACUACAGCUUGUUAAGCUUGUUGGAAGAGCUGCAUCCGUGCUUGUUUCGCAUAAGCCGCGCGAUAAGCCUGGCGAUAAAAUCUUCAUUCCUUUCACCAAAUUUGAAGAUGCUUAUAGGGGAAAAGUAACCCUUCAUUGCUAUAGAGGUAUAUCACCCUAUGCAACAAUGCACAAUGAUGUGUGCUACUUAGCACUUGAGAAAAGAAUAACUUUCAUAAUCAUACCUUUUCAUAAGCAAUGGAUAAUCGGAGGGAUGGCCGAGUCUUCCUUCGCAUUCAAGCAACUCAACAAGAAUGUUCUUGAGAAAGCUCCUUGCUCAGUCGGUGUCCUAAUUGACCGCGGCAACCAGAAGAAAUUCUGGUGUGGCUACAUGAACGAAUCAACAUAUCUAGUUGCCGUGCUUUUCUUUGGAGGCGCAGACGAUAGAGAAGCCCUCGCGUACGCAAAACGUAUGUUGGAUCAACCUAAUGUAAAACUCACUCUCUUUCAUUUUUCGUCGGCCGAAAACGAUGUUGUUGGAGGUACAGAUAGAAGCAAAAGGCUUGAUACUCAAAUAUUGAGUGAUUUUAGGCUAAGUGGUUUUAGGAAUGAUAGAGUUUCGUAUAAAGAAGAACAAGUUAUAAAUGGAAGAGACGUGCUUUCGGUUAUCGAAUACAUGGAGAGUUAUUACGAUCUUGUUAUGGUUGGAAGGAGACAUGAAGAUUCACAGUUAAUGUCUGAACUUAAGAAAUGGAAGCAUGGUGAGUUGGGAACUGUAGGAGAGAUUCUUGCUUCUUUGAACAUUGGUGCUAAAACAUCAAUUUUGGUUGUGCAACAACAAACUAAAUUUUGGGGGUCACGUGAUCCAGAGGAAUCUACACAUUUGAGAAGAGUAAAUAUAUAG